ACCAAUAAACAAGAUUGAAAUUUCGUUGUGGUUAAUCUUUAUUAUAAUCAUUAAAUAUUGACAUGUAUCUGUCACAGUUGCGACGUGCAGAUUUGCCUGGAAGAUGGGAGAAGGAAGAGUUAGAAAAGCUGUUUAAUCAUUUUGAAUUACAACGACCUGAACUAGAAAAGUUGAUAACAGUUCUUCAGAAAGAUAUAGCUGAUGGUUUAUCAAAGACCAGUCAUGAUGUAGCAAGGUGCAAAAUGUUGUUGACUUAUGUUCAAGAAAAACCAAAUGGGACAGAAAAUGGUAACUUUUUUGCUCUUGACUUGGGUGGAUCAAAUUUCAGAGUAUUACUUGUUCAAAUUAAUGAUGGCAUAAUAAAAAAACUUCAAAGAACAUAUCCAGUGUCUAAAGAUAUUAUGAAUAGUUCACGGGAUGCAUUGUUUGGGUACAUUGCAGAAUGUUUAGCAUCAUUUGUUAAAGAAACACUAGGUGAAAAUCAUAAGCGUAUUGAAGUUAUAGGAUUUACAUUCUCUUUCCCUGUCAAGCAAACAAGUUUAACUAAAGGAACUCUUAUAAAAUGGACCAAAGGUUAUAACAUUAGUGGUGUUGUUGAUCAUGACAUUAUUCAGCUAUUGUCAGAAGCAAUUGAAAAGCGGCAGGAAAUUUCUGUUGGUAAAAUAAUCUUAUUAAAUGAUACAACUGGUGCCAUGAUGUGUGGUGCAUAUGAUGAUCCUGAAGUAGAAAUUGGGCUCAUCUUGGGAACUGGAUCUAAUGCCUGCUACAUGGAGAAGCUUGAAAAUAUAGAAAAAUUUGAGGAGGUGUUGUCAGGACCUCAGCAGUUUAUUGUUAAUAUGGAAUGGGGGGCAUUUGGUGAAAGAGAUCAACUAGCAUUUGUUGCGACUAAGUUUGAUUUAAUGGUGGAUGAGAAAUCCAUUCAUCCUGGACAACAGAUUUUUGAAAAGAUGAUAUCUGGCAUGUAUCUCGGAGAACUUGUGAGGUUAUGCGUUUUAGAACUAAUUCAAAAAUGUAUUUUGUUUCACGGAGUUUUAUCAAAAGAGAUUCAGAAUAUGGAUGCAAUAUCUUCAGAAGAUGUUUCUGUUUUUUGUGGAGGUGUCGCAAGUGAAGCAAUUGCUAUUCUUUCCAAUCUUGGUUAUAAAGAUGCUUUAGUAGAAGAAAUCUUAAUUAUUCAAGAUUUAUGCUUUGCGAUUUCAAGAAGAUCGGCAACGUUGACAUCGGCAGGUCUUGCAGCUCUUAUUCGGCGAAUGGGGAAAAAAAGAGUAUCCGUGGCAAUUGACGGGAGUCUGUUUAAAAAUCAUCCUACAUAUAAGAUGUUUAUGUAUGACGCGUUGCGCAUGUUGCUACCUACUGUAACCGUAAAACUGGUAUUGGCUGAAGAUGGAAGUGGUAAAGGAGCCGCUCUGGUUGCAGCAGUAGUGCAAAGAUUAGAUCAGUCUUUAAAUUAGGAUUGUAAUUAAAUUUUUAAGGAACAUUUUUUUUUUUUUUUUUUUUUGUAAUUUUCUGAGUAAGACAUUUUUUUUUUCAUUUAAAUCCUUUGUUUAAUGUCAAAAACCUACAUCUGAUCAAGUUUUUACUCCUUUUUGUCAUUUUUUUAUUUUUUUUUUAAAUUUGAAAUCAAUAUAUGUAUUUGUCGAUAUUUUUUAAAAUAAAACUUUAUUAACAUAUUAGAUUUAUAAAAAAAUACGUAAACUGUUUUUUACUUGACUACUUGUUAUUUAUAAAAAUUAUACCAAUAAACUA